AUGAUGGACCAGACGAAGUUAGAAAUCAUAGAUUUGAACGACAUCUCCAAGAAGAAUGCCGAGAAAAUUGUUCAUGCCAGUUCCACCCAGGGAUUCCUCAUGUUUGAAGGCCAUGGAAUCACCGAAGAGGAAGUGAAUCAACUUUUCGAAUACUCCCACGACUAUUUCAAACAGUCUCUUGACGUGAAGAAUAGGUGUCCUAUCCAACUAGACAAUACCGGUUAUACUGCGUUUGGUAUUGAAAAUUUGGAAGAAAAUGACCUACAGCGUGGGUUUGGAGACCCCAAGGAAGGUUUUAAUUUUGCAAAUUUCAACUUGAGAACAGGUAUACCAAACCAGCAAAUUCCUGAAUUCUGGGAAGACAAAAUUGAUGUGAUAUCUGCUACUGUUUGUAAGCUGAGGAAUUGUUUGAAACGUUCGUUAAGAUUGUUAGCGGAAGGUUUGGAAAUUGAAACUUCCAACGGUAUAGACCACGAUUGGUUUGUCGAAAGACACCAUGAUGAUCACUUUUCCGGUACCACGUUUCGAUUCCUGCGUUAUCCAAGUCCUGUUCAACCAGGCUCCACGGAGGAGGAGAAGGCGAAACAUAAAGAGUUGAAUGUCGCUGGUGCUCAUACCGAUUACGGCACAAUCACAAUGUUGUUCCAAAAAAAAGAGGAAUCUGGUUUGCAGUUGUACUCACAAGUGAAUAAGCGAUGGGAAGAGGUCCCCUAUGUCCCAACGUCUCCUAAGUAUGCUGCUUCCAAUGAAGCCGCACCUUUGAUUGUUAACAUUGGCGACCAACUCUGUUAUUGGACAAACGGUUAUUUGAAAUCAACCAUUCAUAGGGUCAGGUUUCCUAAGGAAUUGCUCGAUCAGGGCAAGGAUAGAUACUCUAUCGUGCUUUUUGCACAUCCGGGGGACGACACUCUACUAGAGCCCGUUCCUAGCAAGAUUAUCUCGAAACUCAAGGGGAGAGGUGCAAGUGAGUACAUGGAAAAGCACGGUGUCGCACAAACUGCUGGCCAACAUUUGACCAACAGGUUGAAGUCCACUUACGGCUGGAAUUAUUGA